CACCUGACGCCCUCGCUCGCCUUGAAAACCCGCGGCUUUCACCCUCCAUACGCAAAGCCGCCUGCGGGAAUCCGUCCUCCCUCCGCCGCGAUUCCCUUAGAUGGCCGAGUACUCGGUCUACCCCAGGGGAACCGGCAAUACCUUCUAUCCACAACACGCACAGAAUAUACGCAACCUCCCCAGCCGAGUGCGGUCACCCACAUCUAGCGCCCGCAUACCUUUCCCCAACCCCGACACCCCCUCACCUUCGCGAUCCCCUGGGCGCCAGUCUUCUCCGCAACAGUUCGGCAUGUUCAACAACGCCCAUGGGCACCAGGGCCAAAACGUUAUGAUGAACGGGCGAGCUGGGCACCAGAAUUUCAUGCAGCAGAUGAAUUUGGGGAAGCCUUUCCAACACAACCAGCACAACCAACAUCAGCACCAACAUCACCAGCAGCACCAUGACAUCACGGGAAACAACCAUGUCAGCCAGUUCAACCACCAGCACAACAUCUCGAGUGGGGGCAUGUCCAAUGUUCAGCCCCACUUUACGCCGGGGCAUCUCCAGAACGGUACACCCAAUAGUGUCCACAGCGGACUCAACAAGCCGACAACCGAGCACUGGCAAGAGCAGAUGAAGCUGUACCAGACAGCCCGUGAAAUGACGCAGGCUCAUUCGCAUGCCAGGAUCCACCCGAGCGUUAGUAAGAGCGUUGUGGCAGGAACAAGCAAUGGGAUGCAAAAAGAGGCAGACAAAGAAGAGCGCAAUAGGCCUGCUGCUCAGCCGGCGCAAGAUGCCAAGGACCAACACAUAUGGACAAUUCUUGACUUUGGCGGCCAGAACCUCAAAGUCAUCACACCCGCUUUGUUCAAUUACACCUUCCUGACGAAGCUCUACCUCAACUCGAACAAACUCACGUAUGUGCACCAGAAGAUUGGACAACUACGAAACUUGACACACCUGGAUCUCUCCCUGAACAAUCUGCAAUACCUGCCCCCGGAGAUUGGCAUGCUAGUGAACCUGAAGCAGCUGCUCCUGUUUGACAAUCACAUCGAAAACUUGCCGUACGAACUGGGCUCACUAUACCAGCUAGAGAUGCUUGGUAUUGAGGGCAAUCCCAUUCCGGACGACUUGAAACAGAUCAUGAUGGAACAAGGCACCACGGAACUUAUCAAACACUUCCGCGAGAACGCGCCUGGUCCUGAAGCGCCACCGGAGCGAGACUGGAUCGUUCUCGACGAGAUCCAAGAUACGAACCAAGAGACUGUCAGUGCGCUUAGCUACAAUAUUCUGUGCGACAAAUACUGCACACAAUCACAGUAUGGAUACACGCCGAGCUCAGCAUUGGCAUGGGAGAGCCGUAGGGAGCUCAUUCUUGCUGAGUUGCGCGAGCGUGACGCAGAUAUAGUAUGUUUGCAAGAAAUCGACCAAGACAGUUUCAACGAGUUCUUCCGAGCAGAGCUGGCACACAACGACUACAAAGGAGUGUUCUGGCCGAAAUCAAGAGCACGCACCAUGGCAGAAAGGGAGGCCAAACUUGUCGAUGGGUGUGCUAUCUUUUAUAAGAACAGCAAGUAUAUCUUGCUGGACAAGCAGCUCAUCGACUUUGCCAACACUGCCAUCAACCGUCCAGACAUGAAGGGCGAACACGACAUCUUCAACCGCGUCAUGCCCCGAGAUGACAUUGGAGUGGUCGCAUUCCUUGAAAACCGUGCUACAGGAUCCAGGUUCAUCGUCGGAAACGUGCACGUCUUCUGGAACCCUGCGUUCCAGGACGUCAAGCUUGUACAAGUCGCCAUUUUGAUGGAGGGUAUCACGAAACUUGCAACUCAAUGGACAAAACACCCAGCCUGCAAAAACAAGGUGGUGUACCAAUUCACAAACGGCGACAGUGAAGAAGGAGCAGAGCCCGAUCCGACGCAGGAACCAGGACCUUCCAAGGAAUACUCGGAUCCCUCCGACAUCCCUGUCUUGCUAUGCGGUGACUUCAACUCGAUGCCAUCGUCUGGUGUCUACGAUCUCAUCACGCACGGCAAUGUGUCGAAUGCUCACGUGGACCUGGGAAACCGCAAGUAUGGUAAUUUCACACGAGACGGCAUAUCCCAUCCCUUCAGCCUCAAGUCCAGCUAUGCAUCCAUCGGCGAGCUGGCGUUCACCAACUACGUGCCUCACUUCCAAGGAGUUUUGGACUACAUUUGGUACUCGACAAACACACUGCAGGUGGUUGGUCUGCUUGGUGAGAUCGACAAGGGCUAUCUCCAGCGGGUACCGGGUUUCCCCAACUAUCACUUCCCUAGUGACCACGUGGCCUUGUACGCGCAGUACAUUGUCAAGAACCGGAAAGAGGCGAAGAAGGUAUCCGAAGUCGACUUUGGCCCAAGUCGGGAACGAAGGAAUUGAGCGACUCGACGUCGUU